CCAACCCGGCUCCAGCCGCGGGUCUGUUUCCGCUUCCGGGUGCCCUGGUGCCCUUGGGGCCGUGAGGGCGGGGGAGGGUCAGACGGCAAGAUGGCGGCGCUGCUGGUGCGGGGGGGCCUGUGGCGGCCCCGAGGCGGGGGGCUGGUUCUUCUCAGUAAAAGUCUGUUGACCAGACCUGUGGUUGCCUGUACAACAACCUUGGAUCGGCCAACUCCGGCACAUCAAAUUCACAUCUCUCCCAGGAGCUAUGUUCUAAAGGACUUUCUGCCGAGCCCACAACAGGAGCCGGUCACCUUCAGCAACCGGAAGGGUUUGCAAUGCAUCUCGCCACUAAUGAGAAGUGUGGAAGAGACUCCUCAGCCCAUCCUUACAAAGGUCAAAGGGCACAUUCCCAAGUGGCUUAAUGGCAGCCUGCUAAGGAAUGGGCCUGGGAAGUUUGAGUUUGGAGAGGAGAAAUUUAACCAUUGGUUUGAUGGCAUGGCCCUGCUGCAUCAGUUCCAACUGGAAAAUGGCAUCGUGACUUACAGGAGCAAGUUCCUGCAGAGUGAUUCCUAUGUGACUAACAGCCGGCACAAUCGGAUCGUGGUCUCGGAGUUUGGAACGCUGGCUAUGCCGGACCCGUGCAAAAGCAUCUUUGGGCGCUUCAUAUCGUGGUUUGAGAUGCCACGGCCAACGGAUAACUGCAGUGUGAACUACGUGGUGUACAAGGGAGACUAUUAUGUCAGCACCGAGACCAACUUCAUGCGCAAAGUGGAUCCAGAAACUCUGGAAACCAAGGAGAAGGUGGAUUGGAGCAAAUUCGUUGUGGUGAAUGGAGCAACAGCCCAUCCACAUUAUGAGCCUGAUGGGACAGCAUACAACAUGGGCAACUCUUAUGGGAAACACGGUUCCAGCUAUAGCAUUAUUCGGAUUCCUCCGCAGAACUCAAACCGCGAUGACAUGUUGCAGGGAGCAAAAGUUUUGUGCUCCAUCGCUCCAGCUGAGAAGAUGAAACCCUCCUACUAUCACAGCUUCGGAAUGAGUGAGAACUACGUGGUCUUCAUUGAGCAGCCCAUCAAGAUUAAUCUGUGUCGGGUCAUCACAUCCAAGUUCCUUGGGAAGCCCAUUGCUGAUGGGAUAAACUGGGAGCCGCAGUACAAAACCCGCUUCCACGUGGUGAAUAAGCACACAGGAGAGCUGCUUCCGGGGCAGUUUUACAGCAAGCCAUUUGCGACUUUCCAUCAAAUCAACGCCUUUGAAGAUCAGGGCUGUGUGGUCCUUGACCUCUGCUGCCAGGAUGAUGGAGGGAGCCUGCAUAUUUACCAGCUCCAAAACCUGCGCAAAGCUGGGGAGGGUCUGGAUCAGAUCUAUAACUCGACAGCCAGAGCUUUCCCCCGCCGCUUUGUUCUACCACUGAAUGUGGAUUCAAGUGUGCCCGUGGGGCAGAACCUCAGCCCGUUGUCCUACACGUCAGCGAGUGCUGUGAAAGAGGUGGACGGGACGGUCUGGUGCAUGCAUGAAAAUCUCCAUUCCGAGGACCUGGAGGAGGUCGGGGGCCUGGAGUUCCCCCAGAUUAAUUACUCACGGUGCAACGGUAGGAAGUACCGCUUCUUCUAUGGCUGCGGCUUUCGGCACCUGGUGGGGGAUUCGCUGAUCAAGAUGGAUACUGAAACCAAGAAAAUGAAGAUUUGGCAAGAGGAUGGAUUCUAUCCUUCGGAGCCCGUGUUUGUGCCAGUGCCUAAAGCCACUGCAGAAGACAGUGGGGUCAUUCUGUCUGUAGUGGUCACACCCUUGCAGAACCAAAACACUUUCCUGCUUGUCCUGGAUGCAGAGACCUUCAGCGAACUGGGCCGCGCAGAAGUCCCAGUGCAAAUGCCUUAUGGAUUCCAUGGCGUCUUUGUCCCACGUUAAUGGAGAAGCCUGCUACCUCAUACUAGAAGCUCCUGGCCUCUUGGAGCUCAGGGCUAGGUGAAGCCCAAUGCGAAUCCCUGCUUUUCCUUUCCUUUCGCUCUUGCAUUGUGCCUUUGGUGAAGCAACUGCCUCUGUAGCCCCCAAACCUGUUCUCUGUGCUGCUGCAGUACUAUUAAUACGUAGUGAAUAGGUCUGAAGCUAGUACUGCGCAAGGCGAUAGCACCUUCUCCAGAAGAGCCCAUUGCCUUGGCUCACUCCACUGUCCUGCUCUGCCGGUCUGCUAUAACCCCCAUGCUGCCAUGAACUGGGCAGGCAAGGGAGGCAGCAGGUACCAAGAGAGCCCACUUCUUCCCAGCAGCAAUGUGCUCUGAGCGGGAGAGGCCAGUCAGCCGCUCUGCUCAGAGUGGUGGCUUUGGUUUUAGUGCACAAAGCGAAAGGCGAGACGGGACCAACGGAAGGAGGGAAAAUUGCCUCUUCCGAGUCCCAAGUGUGCCACUGCUUCUUCAGGAAACUGUCUCAACUCAUCCAGGAAGAGCAGAGAGGGUGCUGCCCCACGUGGCAGCUGGAAAAGGUCAGUUCCGGUCUGUCUGUGCGCUGUGCACUAACAGCCUGUGCAAAUAUCACUACCCAAAGAAAAAGGAUGACACCUUCCUCCGUGUUGUCAUUGAAACCCUGCAUAUGUUAAACCAUGCCAUUGCCAUGCACCCCUAGUGAAACCAGUGUGGGUCAAACACCCCUCUAUUUUGUCCCUGCCACGCUCCCUAGUGAAACCAGCAUGGGGCAAACACACCCUGAUAUAUGCCCACAGCAAAACUAGUGUGAAUCAAACAUGCCCCUCACACCUUCCCGUCCUGUCCCCCAGUGAAACCAGCAAGAAUCAAAUAUGCCCCCACACCACAUCCUGUCGUGAAAUCAGCGUGGGUCAAACACAUCCCUGUCAUGCCCCCGACAAUCCACAGUGAAACCAGCAGGUGUCAAACAGAGCUAUUUUUAUUUUUCUGCUUAGGGACACUUAGAGGGCAUUGCAUCAAUUGACCUUCCUUCGGUCAAAUAUAACUCUCAUUCAUUCAUCUUUCAGAUGGGCAAGUCUCUUAUGCUCAGAUGCUUUAGUUGUGGUGGGAUGGGUGAAGAGGGAGCGGGUUGGUUGGUUGGUUGGUUGUGGAGGCCACAUACAGCAGCUUAUCUGUCUGGCUCUACUAAUAAAAGACUGCUCACAGUGAUUGGUACCUGGG